AUGGACGAGGGUAAGGGCUUGCCGGCCUUCGAUGAAGACAAACCGCUUCUGUCCGCCAGCGGCGUGUCGAAAUUCUAUGGCAGCCGCAUCGGCUGCGAGGAUGUCAGCAUCGACAUCUGGCCGGGCGAGGUUCUGGCGGUGGUCGGCGAGAGCGGAUCGGGCAAGACGACCCUGCUCAACUGCAUCUCGACACGGCUGAUGCCGACGACGGGCACGGUGACCUACCGCAUGCGCGACGGCCACAUCCGCGAUCUCUACCGGAUGGGCGAAGCGGAACGGCGUUUCCUGAUGCGCACCGACUGGGGCUUUGUCCACCAGAACCCCGCGGACGGCCUGCGCAUGACCGUGUCGGCGGGCGCCAAUGUCGGAGAGCGGCUGAUGGCGACCGGUGCCCGGCAUUAUGGCGACAUCCGCGCCACCGCCGGCGACUGGCUCGGCCGCGUCGAAAUUGCCGAGGAUCGGAUCGACGACCAGCCGCGCGCCUUUUCGGGCGGGAUGCGCCAGCGCCUUCAGAUCGCGCGCAAUCUGGUCACGGGUCCGCGCCUUGUCUUCAUGGACGAGCCGACCGGCGGCCUCGACGUGUCGGUGCAGGCGCGCCUUCUCGACCUGUUGCGCGGGCUUGUCACCGAUCUGGGUCUGGCGGUCGUCGUCGUCACCCACGAUCUGGCCGUCGCGCGGCUCCUGUCGCACCGCAUGGUCGUCAUGAAGGACGGCCGGGUCAUCGAGACCGGCCUGACCGACCGCGUGCUCGACGAUCCGCGCGCGCCCUACACCCAGCUUCUCGUUUCCUCGAUCCUGCAGGCAUGA